CUGCUACCAAAGGAGAAGGAAUUGGCUUGAGAAGAUAUCUUCCUGUAUAUAUAAUAUAUAUUUUUCUCUUUUUUUUUACCUUCAUCCACAGCUGGCUGAAUCACCUUGUAUAUCAUUUUCAAGGGGGUCGACUUUAAAAAACGAGCCACACACCACUGAUGUCUUGAGCUGUCGUGGAAGCAAAGGGAGAGUGUGUGCGAGUGAAUGUGUGAUGUGUGAUUCUUCCCCCCUUUUUUUUUUUAAGAAGGGAGGAAGCCGUGAUGGAAGAGCUCACAGCUUUCGUGUCUAAGUCCUUCGAUCAGAAAGUGAAGGAGAAGAAGGAAGUGAUAACCUACAGGGAAGUGUUGGAAACCGGGGCGGCUGCACGAGCAGUGAGCAGGGAGUCUUUAUCCGCGGAGCCCGGGAGCCGGGAGGAGGCGAGCGCCGUCGCCCGGAACCUCGCGCUCUCUCCGGGCAGGGAAACGGACAUGCUCGGGCCGGACAGGAUCAGGGACGCCGGGAGCCCCAAACUCAUAGACGGCACCACGGAUGUUAAAGAGAGAAAAGAGGACUCGAAGCCUAUAGAGGACGAGGCACAAACUAAAAUCAAACAGAGGAGAAGUCGGACUAACUUCACAUUAGAGCAGCUCAAUGAGCUGGAGCGGCUCUUCGAUGAGACCCACUACCCGGACGCCUUUAUGCGGGAGGAGCUAAGCCAACGACUGGGACUGUCUGAGGCCCGAGUACAGGUUUGGUUCCAGAAUAGAAGAGCCAAAUGCAGAAAGCAGGAAAACCAGUUACAUAAAGGAGUCCUGAUUGGAGCAGCAAAUCAGUUUGAAGCUUGUCGUGUAGCGCCAUAUGUCAACGUGGGGGCUUUACGGAUGCCAUUCCAACAGGAUAGUCAUUGCAACGUGCCGCCCUUCUCCUUUCAGGUGCAGGCGCAGCUGCAGCUGGACAGCGCCGUGGCGCACGCGCAGCACCACCUGCACUCGCACCUGGCGGCGCACGCACCCUACAUGAUGUUCCCCGCGCCGCCCUUCGGGCUGCCGCUGGCCACGCUGGCCGCAGAGUCGGCCUCCGCCGCGUCCGUGGUGGCGGCCGCCGCCGCGGCCAAGAACACCAGCAAGAACUCCAGCAUCGCCGACCUCAGACUCAAGGCCAAAAAGCACACGGCCGCGUUGGGACUGUGACGCCUGGAGGGGACGCCGAGAGACACUGGAAAAAAAAAACAAAAAAACCCAA